AUGGAUUUGCUUUCAAAGGCGCAAAUGUUUGAUUGCAAGGGUAUUUCUACCCUUGCGAGUUCCAAUGACAAAAUUACUGCUAUGCAAAGUACUAUUUUCUUUGAUUCUACUUUGUACAAAAGCAUUGUUGGUGGAUUGCACAUAUUGCGAUACUUGAAAGCAACAACCAGCUAUGGUCUUUUGUUCUCGAAAUCGUUGGAUACAAACCUGAAUGUAUACAUGGAUGUUGAUUGGGCAAGUGAUUUAGAUGAUCGAAAAUCUACAACUGGCUUUGCCAUUUUUAUGGACAAAAAUCUUAUUUAUUGGAAUUCCAAGAAGCAACAAACCGUUGCCAAGUCUUCCACCGAGGCUGAGUACAGGGCAAUUGGUUUUGCAAUUAUAGAGCUUACUUGGAUAUAA